CGGCAAUCCGGGUACGAAUUGCAUCUGUUUGAAUAGGUUAUAAUUUUUGAAAAAAUGAGUGAAAAUAAUGAAGAUACAAUAAAAGCUUUAAUGAGCUUGGGCUUAAGUGAACAAAAGGCAAAGGAGACUUUAAAAAAUACCACAGUUACCUCAACUCUACUCAAUAUUCUUCAUGAAGUACGAGGAGUAAACUUAUCCGAUGGUGCUGGAACAUUACUUUACCAGUUGGGUACAAAAAUUAAACCGCAAAUUUCCCAUCAUUUACCUCUUCUUGUUAAAUAUAUUGCUUCCAACAAACUUGAUACUACUUUGAGAGUGGACAAAGCCAUAGAGUUUGCUCUUUCUCAUAUAAAGGAAUUAAAUACAAAUGAGUUAGAGACCUACUGUGGCGUCGGAGUUGUAAUAACACCAGAACAAAUUGAAAAAGUUGUUGAGAAGUACAUAAAAGACAACAAAAAUGAUCUUCUGGAGAAGAGAUACAGAUUCAAUACUGGGCCACUCAUGCAGAAAGUUAGAGCUGAAUUAUUGUGGGCAGAUGGAAAGGCAGUAAAAAGUGAAGUUGAUCUUCAGGUUUUUGAUUUGCUUGGAUCCAAGACUGAAGCAGACUUGGCACCUGCUCCCAAACCUGAUAAAAAGGCCAGUAAAGUUACCAAAAAUGAAGUCAAGCAAAAUAAAGAUGUGCAGAAAGCUGAAGAACUUGAUCAGGGUUUAACAAUAUUAGAUGUUAUGAAAAAGGUCAAUUUUCAUGCACCUGGAGAAAACUACAAAACUGAUGGAUACGUGGUUACAGAAAAUACUGAAAGAUUACUGAAAGAACAUCUGAAAAUUACUGGUGGUCAGGUAAGAACCAGAUUCCCUCCAGAACCCAAUGGUAUCUUGCACAUUGGUCAUGCCAAAGCUAUUAACAUAAAUUUCGGAUAUGCUGCUGCCAACAAUGGCAUAUGUUUCCUGAGAUUUGAUGACACUAAUCCUGAAAAAGAAGAAGAAAAAUUUUUCACGGGCAUUAAAGAUAUGGUUUCUUGGUUGGGAUAUACCCCAUAUAAGAUAACACACUCCUCAGACUAUUUCGACCAAUUGUAUACUUGGGCGAUUGAGUUAAUCAAGAAAGGACUCGCAUACGUUUGUCACCAAACAGCUGAUGAGAUGAAAGGGUUCAAUCCUCAACCUUCACCUUGGAGGGAUAGGCCAGUCGAAGAGAAUUUACAACUCUUUGAGGAUAUGAAAAAUGGAAAAAUCGACGAAGGCGCAGCAACACUGAGAAUGAAGAUUACUUUGGAAGAGGGAAAACUGGAUCCAGUGGCUUAUAGGGUACGAUUCACUCCUCAUCAUAGAACUGGAGAUAAAUGGUGUAUCUACCCUACCUACGAUUACACCCAUUGUUUAUGUGAUAGUAUAGAACAUAUCACGCAUUCACUUUGUACCAAGGAGUUCCAAUCCAGGCGUUCAAGUUACUACUGGUUAUGCAAUGCCUUAAAUAUAUAUUGUCCUGUACAGUGGGAAUACGGACGGCUCAAUGUUAACUAUACAGUCGUAUCAAAAAGAAAAAUAGCCAAACUUAUUGAUGAACAAGUAGUUAAAAAUUGGGAUGACCCAAGACUGUUCACUCUCACUGCCUUAAGAAGACGCGGAUUUCCUUCGGAAGCCAUUAACAACUUCUGUGCUCAAUUGGGAGUUACAGGGUCUCAAAGCACUGUAGAUCCGUCCAUGUUGGAGGCCUUCGUUAGAGAUUACUUAAAUAAUACAGCGCCAAGGAGGAUGGUUGUUUUAGAACCGUUGAAGAUUACCAUAGAAAACUUCCCGCAUAGCAAGCCCAUAGCUUUGUCAGUUCCUAACUUCCCAUCCAAGCCAGAACUGGGUAGUCACGAUGUUAUUCUGAAUAGAACUAUAUACAUUGAAAAAAGCGACUUCAUGGAGAUUGGAGAUAAAGGUUACCGUCGACUAACAAAAACGCAAUCUGUUGGUAUUCGACAUGCUGGUUUAGUUUUGGAGGUAACUGAUGUUAAAAAAGAUGGCAAUAACAUCAAGGAAGUUAUAUGUAAGUGUACGGAAGUAGAUAAAGUUAAAACGAAACCGAAGGCUUUUAUCCAUUGGGUCAGUGAUCCUCAAGAAAUAGAAGUCCGUCUAUAUUCUCCUUUAUUCAAACAUAAAAACCCCGAAGAUCCAAAUGAAGUCCCUGGAGGAUUUUUAACAGACUGUAAUUCAGAUUCAUUAAAGAUUUUAAAAAGUCUGGCAGAUAGAUCUCUUUUAACUGCCAAAGUUAGUGAUAAAUUUCAAUUUGAGAGAAUUGGGUUCUUCUCGGUAGAUCCAGAUUCUACCAAAAACAACCUUGUCUUCAACCAGACAGUAGGAUUGAAAGAAGAUGCAGGAAAAUGAUGUUAGUACAAAUUUUUCUGUUCUUUGAUUUGUAUAAAAAUAUUUUAAAUUAUUUCUAAAA